AUGGUCAAAGUCCCUACCUCAAUUCUUCGGAUCUGCAAUGAAGCUCCGCAGACCUUAGUGCAGAAGGAAUCACUGUCGAAAACCUCGCCUUCAAAAAGCUUAAAUGAUCCCGAACCUUGUUCAAAAAUUUCAGAACACAGUAUGAUCAGUUCAAAGACAUCCGAGAACCUAAACCCUCUGACCGAAUCCUCCGAGUUCUCUUUAUCUAAAGAACUGGUGGGACUUCUUCCGGAGAACUUCCGGCCCAAAUCAAACGAUGAAUUCAAGUGGAAAUCAACUCAGACUUUCAAGAUAUUUACCCAUGAUAACCUGCCGCCUUACGAGACAACAUUGAUGGCCAUUGAAGGGUUAUUUCAAAUACAAUCGGCCUCUCUGCACUUACAAUUCAUCCACGAAGAUGAGGCAAGAGAGCUACUGAAAAAUGCGUACUCUGGAAGCUCUUCUUCAUCAGACCUAUGUGAGCUCUUUGCUGCAGCUGCAGUGGGAUCUCAAUGGGAAGAGCGAGUUCCUACCGAGACCAUAAAUUGCUAUUUCAAUACCACCAAGGCACAUUUGGAUGAUUGUUUGGAGGAGGAUGAUUUGAGAGGGAUGAGGAUACUUGGACUAUGCUCAUUGUUUUUGAUGUCUGAGAAGCGAAUAUCAAGUUAUAGCUAUAUUGGAAAUGCCCUGCAGAUUGGAUACUCGAGAGGUCUUCAAUACACCCAAAAGCCUGAGAACAUACCACUCAAGUGCUGGGUCGGACUUAGAAGGUUAUGGAGAACCUUGGUAUUUUUCGAAAGCUGGAUAGCCGCAUCUUUAGGUCGUAUCCCAGUCUACAGCCUUAGAUGCAACAAUGUCGAUCUUUCUGAAUCGGAAAAGGCACUUGAUAACCAAGGGACUGUCAAGCGCAAUGCUAUUCAAGUUGAGCUUCUCAAGAUUGGGAUAUUAAACGCCAAAAUUCUCAAGGGCGUAUUCGCUCCUUCGACCGUGAGCCUUUCAGUUGUACGGGAAUUCAUGCUGGAAUUAGAGGGUUGGUUUGAUGAUCUCCCUGACUCUAUGAGACUUGCAAGUAUGCUUGGACCCGAUGUGAGUCCAGGAGAGAGGACGACAGUAUUCACGAUUCACAUCAUGUAUCUUGCGACUAUCAUUCUUUUAACACGAAGAGUCAUGGUUGGAGUUCUGGGCGGAAAGGGUAGCUAUUUGGAUGGCACCCUAAAGGAUUCCAUGCCCUAUGUCAGUGCGUGCAUUUCGGCCGCGAAACAAACUGCUGGGAUUCUUGCGCUUCUCUAUGCUGAAUGGGACGGCGGUCUUUUCAAAAAGUGCUGGUUGGCAAUAUGCUCUUCAUUCAAUGCAAGCGUCAUCUUGCUCUUCUCUGCCGCGCAUAAGAAAAUGCUUGGAGAACCACGUAUAAGCUACCAGAAUGACCUUUUUGACGCAGCGAAAUGCAUUGCAGCUAUUGAAGUUUCCGCAGAAAUAGAUGAAGUGUCUCGGUGUUAUCUGAAGAUUUUAGCUCCUUUCAGAGAGGCUGUUGAGGAGAGAGAUAAGGUUUAUUCGCCUUUUGAUAGAGCAUCACAUCCCCCGUUCGAUUGGAGACAAUCGGCAGUUUCUUUUCAAGACCCAGGCCAGUAUGGCUUGUAUGGCACGCCUCUGCCGGAAGACUCGGAAAUCACCAAUGGCCUUCUGGAUAUGAUUGGAAAGCCAUACGUGUACAAUCAAGGCUGUAGUGAUAGAUUUACCUCGCCGGAAUAUAAAAGCUACUUCGACGCUAGCAUCGGUGUAUCUCAAAUCUAUUCGCCCUCUAGUUCGAGCCCUCGGACGAUAGAAACACCGUUUUCGGAUUUUAAUUCGAAGACAAUCGAUACGCCCUCUCUACUUGAGGUAAAUGUAUGUCCAUCAAAAAAGAGAGGAAGACAAACCGAACUGGAUGAUGGGCGAGAAGGAAUCUGCUGGUCAGGUAACAAACGUUCACGGUAUUCUCCGAGAGCACUUGAGGCGUUUUUGAAACGUGUUGCUUGA